CCGCAUUCGCAGGUGGAGAGCGCGUUUAAGUGUGGCCUGUGUCCCACACCAUUUUGGUGCUUUCCCUUCCUGCCUCCCCUCGCACUCGCACUCGCAGCCUGUGCGCCAGGCGGGGCCCACAGGCGGGGUCCUUCCAGCCUGGGUUCCAGGCUUUCUAGCGCUGAAGGUGCCUGAGGCGUGGAACCAGCUUCGGGGGACCAAAAUUUAGAAUGAGGAAAUGAGAGAAGCGCGCAGAGACUGAUCCAUCACAUAGCGUCUAGGGAUCUGCUCAUCUGACUCUCCUGGUAGUGGUUGGAGUUGCCUUCAUUUGCUUUUCAAGAUCUCUGUAUCCCAAGUUCCUGAUCUGAAAAACAUUCUCAGGGACUAUAGGAAUUUGGAAAGGACAGAGGACUAAGCACAUGGACUGGAAAUUGGAAGGGAGCGCUCAGGAAUCAGAGUCACACGUGUUGCAGGAGCAAGAAGUCAUCCUUGAGGAUACAGGUGAAGAUGGCGUCUCUGAAAGCUUCCGGCUUCUGCAGAUUGAUGUGGAAUGUGAGCAUCAGGAGGGAGAGACCCUGCCCACAGGCAGUGCGGCGUGGUGCUCGAAAAAUGUCCAAAGAAAACAGAGACACUGGGAAAAAAUAGUUGCAGCAAAGAAGAGCAAAAGAAAGCAAGAAAAAGAAAGAAGAAAAGCCAAUCGUGAAGAAAAUUCAGGCAUCUGCCCCCAGCAUAGCAAACGUUUUCUGAGAUCCUUAACCAAGGAGAAACUUUUGGAAGCCAAACACUCAGGACCAAGACUCUGUAUUGAUCUGAGUAUGACCCACCACAUGUCUAAGAAGGUAGAACAUCCACUAAGUUCUGACUUCCUACUCACAUGAGAGAGGUCCAGAAGGGAGCAGCUUUCAUGAAGAGCAUGACCAGCUGCAGCUUCUGUGAUUCUGUAGUAAAUCAGCAAAAGUGUUUCGUUUCCUACAUGUGGCUAAGUUCCAAGAUGGCUAUGUAAAGAAUCAGGGAGAGAAUAGACAUCCCCUUGUUUAGUUGGGAAAUUUUUACUCUAUUUCUGUUUUGAGAUCAACCCUUUGCCUCUGUGUUCAUGGUGUUCCCAGUCUAGAUGGAGCCUUUCAGGGUCAAUUUCCCAGAGAUGAAAUCUUUGGCUUUCUGCUAGGGAGAGAAAUAUUUGCCUCGUUGCUUGUUGUGGGGAGAUUCCCUGGUGGGAGGUCUUCCUGCAAUGUAUGUAUUUUAGUGGUCUCCCAUUCUCCCUAUUGGU